UGCAUUGGCACUGCUGUUACUGCUGCGCGUCUGGACAUCCUGAUCCUUUGCACAGCUGCAGAGAGGUGAGAGAAGAGAGAGAGAGACUUUACUGUACAGUUGAUAAAGGCAGUCAGAACAGGCGGUGUGAUGAUUGAGCUGGGCUUAGUGGAGGAUGGCAGCAGUCUGAUAGACGAGCUGAUGGAAUUGACGUCUCAGAGUUUAUGUAAGCUAGAGAUUCCAGAACAUUUCAACAUCAUUAAAGAGAUCGGCCGUGGAAAGUAUGGCCGUGUGCUACUGGUCACCCACAGAUGCAAAGGCACUCCAAUGGCUCUGAAAGUGCUCCCGAAGGCCUCCACCAAACUGCAGGGAUUUCUCAGAGAAUACUGCAUCUCACUGCAUCUGUCCUGUCAUCCCUGCAUCGUGGGAUUGUUCGGCAUCGCCUUCCAGUCCAACGAACACUACGGAUUUGCCCAGGAGCUUGUCACGGGACGGGAUUUGUUUGCCAUCAUCCAGCCACGGGUGGGCAUUCCUGAAUGUGCAGUAAAGCGUUGUGCUGUCCAGAUCUCCUGUGCUCUGGAGUUCAUCCACCAGCGAGGCCUGGUCCACCGUGACAUCAAGCCGGAGAACGUCCUGCUGCUGGAUAACCACUGCCGGCGAGUCAAACUAGCUGACUUCGGCCUGACGCAGAGACAAGGAACUUUCAUCCGCUUCAUCUCUGGAACUCUUCCGUACAUGGCUCCAGAGUUGUGCGCAAUGGUGCUGGAGGAUGGCCAAAAAGAGCCUAAAGUUCCUCCGCUCCGUGUCGAACCAUCUCUAGACACUUGGGCCUUCGCUGUUCUUCUUUUCUGCAUCCUCACGGGCUUCUUCCCAUGGGAGCGCUGUAAUGAUAGCGACGAUUUUUAUGAGGAGUUUGCAGACUGGCGUCAAGCGGUGAAGAAAUCGCCAGUGCCGUCGCAAUGGAAAAGGUUUACACCUGUGUGCAUGCAGAUGUUUAAGAGAAUGCUAACGAUCAAGUCCAAUGAAAGGUGCUCGAUAACAGAGGUUAAAGGUUAUGUGGGAAAGGACUGGGUACGAGAGAAGGAUGCCAACGGAUGGGUGGGAGAAAAUGGGGAUAUUUGUACUUCCACACCGAGUCCAUGUAGGAGCAGCUAUAUUGAUUAAUAGUGAGGUGUUAUGGUUGAUUUACACUGAGUGGCAUUGCUCAGUGCAAACACACGUACUGUACACAGUACAUAUUUACAGUUGAAGUCAAAAUUAUUCACCCUCCUUUGAAUUUUCUUUUUCUUUUUAAAUAUUUCCCGAAUGAUGUUUAACAGAGCAAGGAAGUGUUCACAGUAUUUCCUAUAAUAUUUUUUCCUCUGGAGAAAGUCUUAUUUGCUUUAUUUCAGCUAGAAUAAAAGCGUUUUUUUAAAUUUUUUAAAACCAACUUAAGCUCAUUAUUACAUAUU